AUGGAGAGGAGAAGAAGCCAUGCCUCUCUUACCAUGUUUGCAAUGCUUGUUGGAUUCCUCUCUCAGAGCCUUGUUAUUCCUGUAAUGUCCAUCACUGUUGAAGAUCAGAAGAACUACUACACCCCAGAUCCACAUUCGGGAAGUCCCCCCUCAGGUUUCUCUGAUUCUCUGUGCUCACACAGGAGUCCUCCAUCUCAUGGCCAUGGAAGCUCUCCACCCUCACAUGGUGGAGGGAGUUAUCAUCCAACUCCAUCAACACCCUCAGGUGGAAACUGUGGAUCAUCACCCCCACAUCAUGAUCCAACACCCUCAACUCCAUCGACCCCAUCAACCCCAUCAACACCAUCAAACCCUCCCUCAGGUGGAUAUUAUGGAGGUAGCCCCCCAACACCUAUAACUGUGAGCCCACCAACCACCCCAAUAGACCCUGGCACCCCCACUAUCCCCUCACCACCUUACAUUCCUUCCCCAUCUCCCUUCACUGGCACAUGCAACUACUGGAGGAAUCACCCAGCAAUCAUAUGGGGAAUCCUUGGCUGGUGGGGAACCUUGGGAAGUGCAUUUGGGGUGACCAGUACUGUUCCAGGGUUCAGUCCUGGUCUGAGCUUGCCACAAGCACUUUCCAACACAAGAACAGAUGGUCUAGGAGCACUCUACAGAGAAGGCACAGCUUCCUUCCUCAACUCCAUGGUAAACAGCAAGUUCCCUUACACAACCAACCAAGUCAGGGAGAGAUUCGCGGCUUCACUCAGCUCUAACAAGGCUGCACAAGCACAAGCUCAGCUCUUCAAGAUGGCCAACGAAGGAAGAAUGAAGCCUAGACCAUGA